UCCUGAGAUCAGUUUCCCGCCGCGAGCCAACCCGUCGCCACGACCCGCAACACUGUGCCGUCCCGCGAAAUUCAACGUGGGAACCACGUGAGCUCUUAUCGCCAGCGUCAUACCUUCGCGAAAUUUUUACGGCUCGCGUGAUCCAAGUGCACAUGUUUCUGUUUCGCUCAAGACCAAAGUGACGGUACGCGCAUUUAUAACUCAGCUGUGAAUAACGUGGACUCUUCUUUUUGCGCACGCACUGCCUUUUCUCGUCAGUAUCGCGACACGCCUUUGAAUGUCACAUCUUUUUUUUUUUUUUUUUAAAAAAAAAAAAAGAACUCCAAUCUGCUUCCAAUGACUUUUUGAGCACCAAUGGGUUGACGUCCAAGCUACGAGAGCAGUGCGAAAUCGGUGCGGUGAGACUAUUCGUAGGGGAUUUGUGACUUCAGUGCUUAUAAAUAAGGGAGACGUCAAUUGUGACGUCAGGGCUUGUGACGUAUGUGUCUAUCGUGGGAUACAUCCCCUUGAUCCGGCGCGAUGAAUUCCGAAGCUGUGUGCAAGAAGCGGGACUUUAAUUUGGUGUACCUGGGGAUAUGUUUCUUGGUCCUCACCUUAUCAACGAACGCUGUUCUCAGUAUACAGGAGGCUCUUCUUGCUGGAGAUGGCCACGGUGGUCAAAAGGGAUAUGUCUGCCUCGCUAUCGAUUGCGCUUUUUUGUCCUUGAGCUUGUGGCUGGGACCCUCAAUCUUGACGGUGACCGGAGUCAAGGUCUCUCUCAUCAUUGGCGCACUUGGCGAUGUGUUGUACUCUGCUGCAUUCUACUUUGAUGACGUGAAGAUCAUUUACCCUAUCUGCGCUACAAAUGGGCUUACGCACGCUCUGCUGUGGACUGCUCAAGGCACCUAUCUCAUCGAGAACUCCUCGCCGAAGACAAUAGCCCGGGAUACUAGUGUCUUCUGGCUAGUCAUAUGUGCAGCGCCAAUCGUUGGGAAUGUUGUGUUGUUUUUCCUGCUGGACAAGAAAGCCAAGGUGGACACUUCGACCAGAUACCUGAUUCUGAACGUGCUUAUCGGUAUAGCGUUUGUAGCGGUUGCGCUCUUCUGCUUCAUUCGUCCUGCUGCCUCGGAGGACUCCGCGCAGAAGAAGAAGACACGCCGACAGGAAGGCUUCUGGGAGGCCCUCGUCAAGUCAUGGAAAGUCUUCAUCGACAAAGAUAUGCUCCUCCUCACGCCAAUAUUUUGUUUCUCAGGUAUGCAAAUGUCAUACAGCAAUGUUAUUUUCAUAACGAGCGUUGGUUUUACGCUAAAUCUGACGACUUACUCAAAACAGUUGGUGCCUUUGAGUGGAAUUUUCAUCGGUUUUGGGGUCAUAUUUGGCGGCAUAGUGCAGUACUUAUGCAAGAAAAAAUGCAAGUUUGACUACGAGAGAAGUCUAUUCCUUUCGGCAGGCCAAUUUUGUUAUAUAAUAUCUUUUGUUCUAACCGUCCUCAAUUUCCCCAACGAUGCCGUAUUUGGGGACACUGAAAAUGUCGGCAUCGUGUUCAACAGCGUUCCUAUUUGUCUUCUGGCAAGUUUUAUGAUCGGAGUCGGUCAAAUGUACACGCUUUCAAAUACAACGAAUCUUGUAGCUGUCAUGUUCCGCCAGCAAAGCUCGCAAUGUUCAGCGAUUUUCAAUUUCGUCAAGUUUGGUGCAAGUGGCAUGACCUACUUCUACUGUCAGUUCCUGGGUCUUCACUACCAGGUCGCCAUUCUAGCUUCAUUUGGAAUUGUGGGCCUGAUCUUAUUCCUUGUCGUCGACGCCCGGACAGUGAACAAAUUGAAGAGCGAAAAUGAGAAGCAACCGGAGGAACAGGAGUUCAUGCCGAAAGAACACGCUACGACAAUGAUCAUUAUGUCUAGCAAUACAACCCUUUCAGAUUUGCGGUUCUCGUCUACGUAGGACUGUCUAGACUGAUUGUAAUUUGAAGUGAAUACACGGGGUUCUCGCAAUUUUCUUGCAGUUCCUAGCAUCAAAUUUUGAAAUUUGUACAUAUUAGUUUUUUAUUUUAAAAGAAGGGCUGUAAUAUACGUG